CAAGAAAUUCAGUUCAGAGAGAGGAGAGAGAGGAGAGGGAGAAGGAGAGGGGGGUAGAAGAGAAGGGGAAAACGAAGAGUACGCGAGGUAGGAAGGAGAGCCUCGUCUCUGAAGCGCGAAAGGACUCACGGAUUAAGAAUUUGCCGGGCAAUUGGCACCCCGGGAAAACAUCCAGAAAAUCACCAUCACCCAACUCUGACGUUUCCUACUAGAAGUUAGAGACUUCAGCAGUAUUGCCAUCGGAUGCAAAUGGUAGGCUGGAUGCGGUGGGAUACACUCCCGAGCUGAAGAAGUGCAAUCGGAUGUGGUGUGCGUUAAAUACCAGAAGAGCCCAGACCCCGUGGGUAAAAGCGAGGAAAUGUGGAGAGAAUGACUAACGACAAAUCUGUGAAUUUGUUCCCGGGAGUUGCUAAUUUGCCAGCCCGAAGCCACACGUUUUACAAGGAGGAAACGUUUUGCUGCUUGUGAAUUCUCCCCAAACUGGUGCUACCAGAUGCAUGGCUUUCUAUGUGUUGGAGCAAAUCCUUCUUAACUGCAGCCUACCGGGAAAGGGGCAAGGUUGAGGCAACUAACUGGCUGUCUCCACAUAAGAGAUGAGAUGUAAUGCCUCCUCCUCUUCCUCCUCCUCCUCCUCCAGUCCAUGCACACUUCCUCUUGCAAUUCGAGCAUCACUCCUCAGUGGGAACCUUUAAACUCUAAAAUCCAGGAAAAGAAAAUAAAGACACUAUCAUGGACCUGAGGGAUUUUUACCUGUUGGCUGCUCUGAUUGCCUGUUUAAGGCUGGAUUCCGCAAUAGCUCAAGAACUUAUUUACACUAUUAGAGAGGAACUGCCUGAAAAUGUGCCCAUAGGAAAUAUACCAAAGGAUCUGAAUAUUUCUCACAUCAAUGCUGCCACAGGGACCAGUGCCAGCCUUGUCUACAGACUGGUUUCAAAAGCUGGGGAUGCCCCUCUGGUGAAAGUAUCCAGUAGCACUGGGGAGAUUUUCACAACCUCCAACAGAAUAGACAGAGAGAAACUCUGUGCUGGAGCUUCUUACGCUGAGGAGAAUGAGUGUUUCUUUGAACUUGAGGUGGUGAUCCUCCCCAAUGACUUUUUCAGGCUGAUCAAAAUCAAGAUCAUUGUCAAGGAUACCAAUGAUAAUGCCCCCAUGUUUCCGUCUCCUGUCAUCAAUAUCUCCAUCCCAGAGAACACUUUGAUCAACAGCCGCUUUCCAAUCCCAUCAGCCACAGACCCUGACACGGGCUUCAAUGGGGUACAGCAUUAUGAAUUACUAAAUGGACAGAGUGUUUUUGGACUGGACAUCGUGGAAACUCCGGAGGGAGAAAAGUGGCCACAAUUGAUUGUUCAGCAGAACUUGGAUAGAGAACAAAAAGAUACCUAUGUGAUGAAAAUCAAAGUGGAGGAUGGGGGCACUCCACAGAAAUCCAGCACAGCCAUUCUCCAGGUCACAGUAAGUGAUGUCAAUGACAACAGGCCAGUGUUUAAAGAGGGUCAAGUAGAAGUGCAUAUUCCAGAGAAUGCUCCUGUGGGCACCUCUGUAAUUCAGCUCCAUGCUACUGAUGCAGACAUAGGCAGUAAUGCUGAAAUCCGGUAUAUUUUUGGUGCCCAGGUCGCCCCUGCAACCAAAAGACUCUUUGCUUUAAAUAACACAACUGGGCUGAUCACAGUUCAGAGGUCUUUAGAUAGGGAAGAGUCAGCCAUUCACAAAGUGACAGUGCUGGCUAGUGACGGCAGCUCCACUCCUGCCAGGGCCACUGUGACCAUCAAUGUCACAGAUGUAAAUGAUAACCCUCCGAACAUAGACCUCAGGUACAUUAUAAGUCCCAUUAAUGGCACGGUGUAUCUCUCUGAGAAAGAUCCAGUCAAUACAAAGAUUGCCCUCAUUACAGUUUCAGAUAAGGACACAGAUGUGAAUGGCAAAGUGAUCUGUUUUAUUGAAAGAGAGGUCCCAUUUCAUCUGAAGGCAGUGUAUGACAACCAGUAUCUGCUAGAGACCUCUUCCCUGCUGGACUAUGAGGGCACCAAAGAAUUCAGCUUUAAAAUCGUUGCCUCUGAUUCUGGGAAGCCCAGUUUGAAUCAGACUGCCCUGGUAAGGGUUAAGCUUGAGGAUGAAAAUGACAACCCACCAAUUUUCAACCAGCCUGUAAUUGAGCUGUCAGUUUCCGAAAACAACCGACGUGGGUUAUACUUAACAACUAUUAGUGCUACAGAUGAAGACAGUGGGAAAAAUGCAGACAUUGUUUAUCAGCUUGGACCGAAUGCCUCCUUCUUUGAUCUGGACAGAAAGACAGGAGUUUUGACAGCCUCCAGAGUCUUUAACAGGGAGGAACAAGAGCGGUUCAUUUUUACAGUAACUGCCAGGGACAAUGGGACCCCUCCCCUCCAGAGCCAAGCAGCAGUGAUAGUUACUGUUCUGGAUGAGAACGACAAUAGCCCCAAGUUUACUCAUAAUCAUUUUCAGUUUUUUGUGUCUGAGAAUCUGCCAAAGUAUAGUACUGUGGGGGUAAUCACAGUGACAGACGAAGACGCUGGAGAGAAUAAAGCUGUGACUCUUUCCAUUCUAAAUGACAAUGAAAAUUUUGUGUUGGAUCCCUAUUCGGGAGUCAUAAAGUCCAACGUCUCCUUUGAUAGAGAGCAGCAGAGUUCCUACACGUUUGAUGUCAAAGCCACCGAUGGAGGACAGCCACCCCGGUCCUCUACUGCAAAAGUCACUAUCAAUGUCAUGGAUGUCAAUGACAAUAGUCCAGUUGUCAUUUCUCCACCGUCCAACACCUCCUUUAAGUUGGUGCCCCUCUCAGCCAUUCCUGGUUCUGUGGUUGCUGAAGUGUUUGCGGUGGAUAUUGACACCGGAAUGAAUGCAGAACUCAAGUAUACCAUAGUGAGCGGGAACAACAAAGGAUUAUUUCGAAUUGAUCCAGUAACGGGCAAUAUCACCUUAGAAGAGAAGCCAGCACCUACUGAUGUGGGCCUGCACCGUCUCGUGGUCAACAUAAGUGACCUGGGGUACCCUAAGGCUUUGCACACUCUCGUGCUGGUAUUUCUUUAUGUGAACGACACUGCUGGAAACACCUCGUAUAUAUAUGACUUGAUCCGUAGGACUAUGGAGACUCCGCUGGACAGAAACAUAGGAGAUAGUGGUCAACCUUAUCAGAACGAGGACUAUCUCACCAUCAUGAUUGCCAUCGUUGCUGGGGCCAUGGUGGUCAUCGUUGUGAUCUUUGUCACGGUGCUGGUGCGCUGUCGCCAUGCGUCGAGGUUCAAGGCCGCUCAGAGGAGCAAACAAGGGGCUGAAUGGAUGUCCCCAAACCAGGAGAAUAAACAAAACAAGAAAAAGAAACGGAAGAAAAGAAAGUCACCCAAGAGUUCUCUUUUGAACUUUGUUACUAUCGAAGAGUCCAAACCCGAUGAUGCAGUUCAUGAACCUAUCAAUGGGACCAUAAGCCUGCCUGCCGAGCUGGAGGAACAGAGUAUAGGAAGAUUUGACUGGGGCCCAGCCCCUCCAACAACCUUCAAACCUAACAGCCCUGACCUGGCCAAGCACUACAAAUCUGCUUCUCCUCAGCCUGCCUUUCAUCUCAAACCUGACACUCCAGUUUCCGUGAAAAAGCACCACGUCAUUCAAGAGCUCCCUUUGGACAACACCUUUGUUGGGGGCUGCGACACCCUUUCCAAACGCUCCUCUACUAGUUCAGAUCACUUCAGUGCCUCAGAGUGCAGCUCCCAAGGAGGCUUCAAGACAAAGGGCCCAUUACACACCAGACAGUGUAACACACACAGCAAAAAUGACAAUAUUCCUGUCACACAUCAGAGAUGUCCCGGCCCUACCAGCUUCCACAUUCUAGAGAAUGAAGAAAGUCAUUCUGAGCCACAGGACGAAUUCUACGACCAGGCCUCUCCGGACAAGAGGACCGAAGCAGAUGGCAACUCGGAUCCCAAUUCUGAUGGACCUCUGGGUCCCCGUGGGUUAGCUGAAGCUACAGAGAUGUGCACUCAAGAGUGUCUGGUUUUGGGUCACUCUGAUAAUUGCUGGAUGCCUCCUGGCUUGGGUCCAUACCAACACCCUAAAUCUCCUCUGUCAACCUUUGCACCCCAGAAAGAAUGGAUCAAGAAAGACAAGCUUGUGAACGGGCACACCCUGACAAGAGCGUGGAAAGAAGACACCAACAGGAACCAAUUCAAUGACCGUAAGCAGUAUGGCUCCAAUGAAGGCCAUUUCAACAAUGGCGGCCACAUGGCAGACAUUCCUCUGGCAAAUCUGAAGUCCUAUAAGCAAGCAGGAGGCAUGAUUGAGAGUCCUAAGGAGCACCAACUUUAAGAUGAAGCUGUAUGGGACCUAAUACCUUUAAUCUAAACAGACAUGCUAAUACUGUGUGUUGGAGCUUUAUGUAUUCGAUAGAUCUCUACAACUAUGCCCCUUAUAGUAGGGAAUACUCAUAACUUUGUGUUAGCACGAUGGAGGAUAAAAUGCUUUGCAACAUAAGAGAGAAAAUAGUUCUACUAGCCAUGUGAUGAUGUUCUUUACUAGAAUUGAUUAAACUCUCCAGAGAUCUCUCCAUUGUGCAAUUUAUUUUUAUUACUGCAUUUCCUUUUGACCCUGGACUGCUGCUAUGAACAAUAGAAUAUGCAUUUGGAGAGUAAGAAAGUUCCACGGAUUAGAGUGACUGACAAAACAUAUCCAGUUAGAAAUUUGUGCUCUUUUUGUCUUUGAUUUAUGCUGGGACCUCUAUACUUGACAUUAUACUUCAAACAAAACUUUAAAAGAUAAGCAUUAAACCUAUUGUGCUGUUAACACCGUUAGUGGACACUUGUAAGUCAAUCAGUGUUAAAGUAUUUGUAAAUAGAAGCAAGCUAUUAUUAACAAUUUUGUGUACUUAUAGCACUCACCUAAAAAUGUUGUAGCAUAAUUCUGUGUUGAUGGUUGCUUCUUUCCUUUUCUCAACUGCCCUCUUUCUUCUUAUUUUUGUUGUUUCUUUCAGUGAGGUGUUUCUGCGUUAGUAGUCUGUCUUGGCACACAUUGUUCAAAGAAUCUUAAAUAUUUGUGUUUUAAAAUGGUUCUGAAAUAUUGCUUCUUCUACAAUAACUUAGAAUGUUAGAACUCUGUAAAAAUAUAAAGACAAAAGAAAAUAUGAAAACUUCAAACAACAAUAGCAGCAGACAGAUACUUCUGCAAACUCUUGGAAAUUCAGAACCUCUUUUUGACAUCCUUAUAUUCAAAGUAGGCAAAAUUAAAAAUGACUUAAUUAGUACCAUUAAGUGAGAAAGUGAUGGGAAUGUGUUAUCCAUCAAAUGUGAUAUAAUAUUAUGUACUUGUUACUCUUUCAAAACUAAUGUAUUAAAAUCAGUAUAUAUUGAAGAAAAAAUCAUUACUCAAAAAUAGUUUCAAUUGGGCAAAUGUGUGUCUCCAACUUUGUUGAAAUGACAGAGUUUGUGUUGAUCCUCAUAUACAAUACUGUUGUUGUAACACAAGUGUUAUUAGACCAUAGCCACAAAAUAUUUAAUGUGUUGUGCCUUCAUGAUGUAACAGAACAUUCUCCAGGUAGGUAGUUGGGGAAAAUAAAGGGAUAAAUCUCUAAUUAUUGCUGUUUAACUGUUUGUUAUCAUAGUUGGUCAAUGCCUGGCAGGUACCAGCAUUUUGUCACUUGGGUCAAACCAAGGGAGUGACAGAUAAUGUUAAUAAGAUCUCAGUUGCACGUGCAAACAAAUCCAAAUUUGAACAUUCUUAGGAGGUUUUUUGUUAAGGCAUGACAGAUGAUUUAAACAAAUAAAUAGCAUGCAACAAAAUGUCUUUAUUGAAAGGAGUGAAAGUUAUAUUAACGCCACGGUUCACCAUCAAUUUAAAAGUUAAAAAAAAAAGAAAAAAGUUAAAAAAAAUCGCUAAUCCGAUAGUUAAUUUGUUCUUACCAAAAAUAAAGUUACUUUGUAAAUAGCAGUUCACAUUUUUCCACAGUAUAAUGGAAAAUAAUGGGUAGGGGUGCAUUGCUUAUUGAAGUCAUUUUUGUCGGUUUGUGAGGGGUGUUUGAUGACUUUGACAAAAUAAAUAUCUAAACAAUUAUCCUUGUUACUGCUUUGCCAGUUCUACGUUAUUUACAAUUAUUCAGCUCUUGCAAUAAAUGUUCUGAAUUACUGAU